AUGAUGAAACUCUGUAAGCCCAAGAACAUGGGGAAAGAGGAGACACAGGAAGCAUUGUCAGUCUCUUACCCGGGUUUGGAGGGCACUGCCCUGCUCAGUCUGGGGGGAUGUGGUGACCCUCAGGACAGCCUCCCCAGCGCCCAGGCCCUGUCCAGGCCCAGGAUGAAGGCUGCCUCAUCCUCAGGCCUGGGACCCCUGCCAGCCAGGCCACCCGCAACGGUGUGGGACUUGAGUGCCGUUGCCCCCGGCGGUCCAGCAGCAGGACAGCGAGCAGCCUGGCCUAGGAGGCUCACCGCAGCCGUCAAGGGAUUCUGGGCCACCCACCCUUCCUUCUCCACCUUCUACUUCGUCUUUGCCAUUUUUGUGGUGUCCACCAUCUUUCACUGCCACCAGCGCCUGGCUCUGGUGCCUGCGCCCUGGGCAUACUCCGCCCAUGUGGUCCUGGCCCCCAGACACCUGCCCCGGGAGGGCCUGUUCACUAUCAACUCCAAGGGCCGCCUGGGGAACCAGAUGGGCGAGUAUGCCACGCUGUAUGCCCUGGCCAAGAUGAACGGGCGGCCCGCCUUCAUCCCGGCCCAGAUGCACAGCACCCUGGCCCCCAUCUUCAGAAUCACCCUGCCAGUGCUGCACAGCGCCACGGCCAGCAGGAUCCCCUGGCAGAACUACCACCUGAACGACUGGAUGGAGGAGGAGUACCGCCACAUCCCGGGGCGCUAUGUCCGACUCACGGGCUACCCCUGCUCCUGGACCUUCUACCACCACCUCCGCCAGGAGAUCCUCCAGGAGUUCACCCUGCACAACCACGUGCGCGAGGAGGCCCAGAAGUUCCUGCGGGGCCUGCAGGCCAAGUGGGCAGGGCAGGCAACCUUCAUGGGGGUCCAUGUGCGCCGGGGGGACUAUGUCCGUGUCAUGCCACGCGUAUGGAAGGGGGUGCUGGCCGACAGGCUACCUGCAGCGGGCCCUGGACUGGUUCCGGGCCUGCUGCCGCCUCCCGGUCUUUGUGGUCACCAGCGAUGACGUGGCCUGGUGCCGGGAGAGCAUCAACAGCUCCCUUGGGGACGUGGUGUUCGCUGGCAAUGGCCUCCAGGGCUCACCUGCCAAGGACUUUGCA